CUCGCCUCGCCUCGCCUCGCCUCAGGAGCUUCCCGCCGACGCCCGCUCUCAGGUACUUGCGCCCUCCGCCCUGCGCUGGCCGCGCAGCCGCUUCCCGCCGGGCAUGGCCGGCGCUCCUGAGGGCCCCUCAGCGGGAGGGCUAGGCCUCAGGUGGUGCGGGGACGAGCGACCGGCUCUGGAGCUCGGGUCUUCGCGCUAAACCCCAUCAUUCCCGCUGACUCCCGGGGGGUAGAAAGGUGCGAAUCUUCUUCUCCCUUUCCAAGGCUAAGGGGGGGGGGGGGGGGAGGCAAGUGGUGGGCAAAGUAUCAAGGUGCUGUUCUGUCUCCUCCUUGUCCGCCGCCAGCACUGACGUGCUGUCUGAUGAUUAAAAAUUUAUCAAGCAGAUGUCUCAGCCAGGGAGGACAAAGCCCAGUAGGGCCCCCAGCCCCACGUCCUGGACGGUCAACGAGGUAGGGACCGCUGACAAGGCUGUGUGGCGGCUUUCCGGCAUGGCUGCGGGCUGAGAACCUCUGCAGUGUUUCUUCUCGUGGCUUUGCUCCCCAGUAAGCCUGUCGAUGACAAAACCCCGGCUUUUUGCAGCACCUAGGCUUGCUUAUGUCUGUCAGUUGGAAAGCUGCCCCCCCGAGCAAAAACACCUGUGUUCCACAGGCCUUCAUGUUGCCGAUUUUUUGUUUUACAGGCACUAGCCACGUUACACGUGUGAUGCUGCUUGGCGAAGAUACAGUUGCAGAAAAUGUCACCUCAGGAGCUUGCUGCACUGCUCUGCAAAGAAGGGGACCACCAUCUCGCCCAGCAAGAGUUACCAAUAGCCACUGCUUUCUACACAGCUGCCUUCAGCUGCAGUGCCCCCACAGCAGUACAGAAAGUGAACUCCUUAGAUAGAGGGCUCUGGGAGAAAGUGAUAGCCACUCUGGAGAUGUGGUGCAAAGGCAAGAAUCAGAUUCCCAACAUUCAGAGCAAGAACUUGGCCGUUGUUUCCCUCAGUGUAGGAAUAGCUGCCAUCUUUCUCUCCAGCUUAAGUCCCGACAACGUGGUGUCCACAGUAUAUAAACUGGAGACCCUGCUCAGGCGAGGAUGCUCAGAGGAGGUGGUGAGUAAAUGCAAUACCCUGCUCAAGGCUAACCCUAAGUAUUCAAUGGAACUGCUGCUGCUGAGGGCAUUAGCCUGGCUGCUAUCAGGGACACAAGUUAGGAAGGGAGUUGCGGACUAUAUCCAAGCCUUUGUGAUGCAUCGGGCUGAGGCAGUGGCCUAUGUGUGUACUAGGCAGAGGGAACACCUGCCACGGGUCAUCCAGGCCUUCUCUAAUUAUGUCUCAACAUACCAGAAAGAAAGCCCUGACUGCAGUUCCUUGGACCAGUGGCUGGGCAACUGCUAUGACUUCCUGUCUGCAGUGGCACCAGAUGAUAUCUGGGUUUGCAGGGCUCAGGCAGCUUACCUCUUUAAGAAAAGCAAAUUUGAGGAGUGUGUGGCAGUUUGUAGCAAGGCCCUCAAGGGCUUCUCAGCUGAUAAUCUUAGAGACGAGAAAGCUUUGGGUCUGCUCUUGGAACGGGCUGCUGCAUAUUUCUUCUUAGGUGGACGGAUGCAGGAAAUGAUUCAGGAUUUAGCGGAAGCCUUUGCAGCAACCCCUGCCCAGGCAAUGAAACACUUUGAAGAGCUUUUCUCACCACAUGACACUGAGAGGAUAGAAGAACAGGCUAGAACUGUCCUGGAGGUGAAGUUUGCAGCAUACAGGGAGGCUGUGCGUACUCGGACUGAACUCAGAGGCAAUCAUGGUACUGAACUGCUCCCUUCUGUCAUCCAGACAGUCCAGUUCCUCCUUCAGAUCUCCCCAGGGUCCAAACGUGAGCUCAGUGUUCGGCUAGCAGACUGCUAUCUCCUGCAUGGACACAUCAGAACUGCCCUGGACAUCUGUGACCACCUCUUGGCAGCAGAGCAGAAAACUUACUACAAUACUCUCUUAGCAUUGCGAGGAUUCUGCUCCCUCCACGCUCAUGACCAUCAGCAAGCCCUGCAGGACUUUCAAAAGGUCAUUGAGCAUGAUUCCCCACAUCCUAAUAGCUGUAUUAAAGCCUUAUGCGGGCGUGGACUUAUCCGGAUUUCUGGUGGCAGCCAUUACUUGACAGCCCUGGAUUAUAUCACAGCUUGCCAGUUAAAGCUGGAAGAAACCAUCUUCACAAUCAAGUCCUAUGUGCCAUGGAACCAAAGAGGACUGCUGCUAAAAGUUCUCCAAGAAGAAGGACAGAAGAUGCUCCAGAAGAAGAGGUACCCAGGAGGCAGUUCAGCCUGUGGGCAGAAAAAGAAAGAGAGCUGUGCAGAUUCCUAACAGAAAGAGAGCAAUGCCCCUGGGGUUUACCAGCUGGCUUCCUUCUUGGUGGAGCUGGACACUUCCGAUGAAGCAUCACGGAUCCUUUGUGCUGAUGCCCUGUACCAGAUGGGCCGUGUAGAAGAAGCUCACAGGCUCCUUUUGCUAGCACUCUCCAGAAAUCCACAAAGGUCUCCCAUCCUGGUUAGACUCGCGCUUCUGCAAUUGAAGAAAGGUUUCAUGUAUGAUGGCAACCAGCUGCUAAAGAAAGUGAUCAGAAUUGGAGAUACCUCCUGCCUCCUGCCAAUCAUGGACAUUUUCAAAGAUGAAGACCGGAAGCUGAUGCAAACUCACUGCCAUUUCAGAGCGCUGACCAUCCUGAAGAGCAAACAGGAGGAUGCUGACAUCAAAGAGGCCAUUGCCUACCUUUCCUUUGCCAUCAUUGCUUCAGGUGGUUAUGCUGAAGAUUGCCUUCUCAUCAGGGCUCGAUGUUAUGGCCGCCUUGGUCAGAAGAAAACUGCUAUUUUUGAUUUUAAUGCCAUCCUAAAGGAGGACCCUAGAAACGUGCAAGCUCUGAGUGGACGAGGAUUCAUCUACCUUGCUCUGAAGCAGCAUAAGGAGGCAGUGCAAGAUUUGAUCUCGGCGCUGAAGGUGGAGGCAGGAGUAGUCAUCCCAGCAAUCUUGUCUUUAAAGCUUGAAGCCCAAGAGUUGAUCACUCAAUUGCUCCUUCAGCAUGGCAGGACUAUGUUAACUGAGCUUGUUGCUACUAAAGACCUUUCAAAAGAAGAAGCCCUCAGGGAUCUUCUCAUGAUUGCAAAAGCACUAAUUAAAAUCUGCAAGGAUGCACCACAAUAUCACAUCUUCUACACAGAUGUUUUGAUUGCAAAUGGAAGGUAUGAAGAGGCCCUUGCUCACCUUCAGGAGGCAUUUGGCCACUCCCUUGCUGAUGACUUUGCUAGUGCAAGACUAGCUGUGCUGCAGCUGAAGAGGAGGAACAUGGCAGUGGCAGCUCGCUCAUUCAGCAUCCUAGCUAAGAGAGAUGAAAGGGAGUUGGUGUUUCUCCUGAACUUCAUAGACGCUAAGCAACAGCAGCAUCUCUCUCAGGUAGCAGCCCAGGAAGGAAAUGUGCUGAUUAAAGAAUAUUCCUAUGAGAAGGCUCUUGGUUAUUAUACCCUGGCUGUCUUGACAAGCAAAGAUAAUCCAAGGUAUCUCCGACAGAGGGCUGCUUGCCUUAUGCACUUGGAAAAAUAUGACAAAGCUUUAAAAGAUAUGGAGAAAGUGAUCCAGAAGCAUGGCCGUAACAGUCUUAAAACACGUGUUGAGGACCACUGCUCAAAAGGAUACCUGCUAUUGUCAGUGGCUGAGGAAGAAGCAGCAGUUAAGCAGUAUAUUGAAGCACUGCAGUUAGAUGAAUCUAUGGCAUUGUGCAGCAUCAUGAAUGGCCCUGGCAGUGAAAUUUUAACCAAAACAUUUCAUAAGAUUGCACAAUAUAAUUUUGAAUUGCAGCGUUAUGAAGAGGCCUGGAAAAUCACAGACUAUGGUCUUAAAAUUGAUAAAAAUACUGAACUUAAAAAGCUGAAAACAAGACUUAAGCGAGAGGCAUCAAGCUGUAGCAUACAUUAAUUUAUCUGAUUUGGGAUUUUCCAGUGUCUGAUUGCUUUCUAGUUUGUGAGGCUGCAAGAACAAGGGAAAGAUGAGAAGCUCAUAAUAAAUAUGCAAUGGACUUGGCACUGAACAUGAUACAGCAAGAUUAGAAGUAGAAAGUUUCAGGUAGUGAAACAAAACUGACCAAGAGAGCUAUGAGAAAAAGGCAAAUUGCAGUAUUCAGUAUUCUUUUAAAUUAUUGUGGAUGUAUAUAAACUCCCCCUUGUGAAGAAAGUGCUUUGUCUGGCUAAACUGAACUAAUUCUAACACACUGGUUCCAAUCAUAGUGAAGGAAAACAUUCAAAUAGCUUGCAGUUUAUGAAUAAUAACCAUGUAUUUCUUUGCUAUUUAUUUGAUUAGCUUUAACACGUACUGUUAAUUAAGUAGCCUUAUUUUUAUGGGCCAGUCAAAAAGAUCCAUCAAAAGUAACAUUUGUAAUGCGUUUGUGAAGGACCAUAUGUGUUACACCGCUCAGAUGACCCACUCCUGAAUGGAAGGAACCGCCCUUGUCAUAAUCUAGUGGAUUUGCAAUGAUCAGCACCAAUAUAGGAGAGUGGAGCUGUAUAAAUGCCAAGUAAACUGUUUUUCUGUCCCAGGAAAUAUAGAUAAUAGGAAGGAUGAGACUCAACAGAAAUGAAGUAUCCAAUUUAGUGACUAAUACCCUGUUAUCUGGGGCACACAGGCAGCUAUACUCCAGACUUCACCUUGGACUUCCAGAUCGCUGUGUCUCAGUUUGCCAGUGCAGAUAAGGGAGAUAAUCUCUCAGUAGGGGUGUCUGCAAGAGCCUGCUCAAUAUCAUCUUUCACACUCCUGGAUAUUCGUGCACAAAAGACAGCAUUGGAGCAUGAACUAAUCAAGAAGUGAUCAAUGUACAAGUAGGAGGUCAGGGUUGCAGGCAACGGCUAAGAUGGUAAUGUGAUUGCUCUGCAGUGAUUCAGCACUCAUUCUUCACUAUCCGUGCUGGACAGCAUGGGAAUCAACAUCUCACAUGCUCUGAAGGGUUUUGCCUGCUGUCACGUAUAUAGCUUCACCAUCUGUAAGGACAGCUAGACUUAGGGGCCAGCACAGAGACAGUGCUGAUAUACCCAAUUUCUGCAUGGUUUGGUGUUCAAUCUGUGCAAUGGGAGUCUACAGCUUAAUUUGGAAGCAGUAUGCCUAUGCUAUGCAAAAAGGAAACAAUGAGGUAGGGCCCAAUACAACAGACUCAUGUAUUUGUUUUGACUGCUCCAAGUGAGUUCUCCCAGUGUUUUUGGAGUGUGAUAAUACAACCAUGAAGAAAAAUAGAAACUACUAUUGAAUACAAAGAUUAAAGCAAUACUGAGAACUGCCCUCCUGCUUUGCUUAGGAUGAAAGGGAAAGGGAACAUUUUCUUUUUUGUUACAUUGUUUUCUGAAAGGCAACAUUCCAGAGUGAAACUUCAUUCAGCAGCCAUGCAAUCAACCCAAUAGGCCAUGAUACCAUCUGUACCCUUACAUCUUUUUUUCUUCUCCGCAUGCUCCUUUUUUUCUUCCCUAAAAGCACAGGUAAGACUGGGCUUCUUUCCUUUCAAAUUCAAGAAAAGUUACUCUGAUUUUAUUUCUAGAGACACUGGUGAUUACUUUUUGCUCCUAAUUGGCAUCAGGAUGCGACAGGAUGGUUUCUCUCCAAGCAUGAAAUUAUAUCCUUAAACAACUGUUGGCUACAUUUGCAAGCUGAAAGAAAUAACUUUGCUCAUUUUUCUUCAAAUAGUAAUCAACUGAUAGGAAUUUCUCUGUGUCUCAUGCUGAAAUUUUUGAGAAGCAGUUGUUUAGGGCUUUGGAUUUUUGGGGGGUUUUUUUUGCUUGAUUUUUGGUUUGGGUUUUUGACUGGAAUAAUAAAUCUCUCUACAGCUUCACAUUGCUAUUUUCUUAGCAUUGCUUCUUUUAGUUGCAGGUUUAGUUCAGUGUCAGUCAGCCGAUAGUUUCUGUCUAUAGCAGUUUGAUCCUUGUGUAGCUUUUAGAAUAGAAUAGUUCAAGUUGGAAGGGACCUACAAUGAUCAUCUAACUGGCUGACCACUUCAGGGCUGGCCAAAAGU